AUGCCCAACGUACGAGACAUCAGCGCGGAGUCCUUCAUCUCUGCAUACGCCUCCCACCUCAAGCGGUCUGGCAAGCUCGAGGUACCCACCUGGGUAGACCUCGUCAAAACCGGCUCCUUUAAGGAGCUUGCGCCGUACGACCCCGACUGGUACUAUGUCCGCGCAGCCGCGGUCGCGCGCCACAUCUACCUCCGGAAAGACGUCGGCAUCGGUGCGCUCGCCAAGCUUCACGGCGGCCGCAACCGCCGCGGGAACCGCCCCUCGCACCACGCCGACUGCUCCGCGUCCGUGCAGCGCAAGAUCUGCCAGUCGCUCGAGAAGAUCGGCGUCCUCGAGCAGACCGACAACGGCGGCCGCCGCAUCUCCCAGGACGGCCAGCGCGACCUCGACCGCAUCGCGACCGCCGUCGUAGAGGCCGCGCGCGAGGAGGAGGAGGAUGAGGAGGAGGAAGAGGCGGAGGCGGAGGCGGAGGAAGAGGAAGAGGAGGAAGAGGAGGAGUAG